UUGCGCAUGCGCGCACUUCAGGCAGUAAGCUAAGGGAAGUGACAUCUCAUUGCAUUACUUUAUUUGUGCAAGUUUAUGGUCAUUCGCCCUAACAAGUCUGCAUUACAUUUUUUCACGGUUUAUUUCUGGUGGUUUAAUCACUCACUGUCUAAACAGCACACAAAUACUUUAUCUUUCAGGUUUACAAUGGCCCACUCUGAGCCCUCAGGUGCAGUGGAUGUAGGACUGUCAAAAGAGUUUGCAGUCCCCUCUCAUGUAGAGGAGGUCAAGAAGCUCAUGGCUGAGUUUGCUGAACGUCAUGGAUCAGCUGGUCGCAAAGUAGUUCUGAUAACAUCAGGAGGCACUAAAGUUCCCCUGGAGUCCCGAACUGUACGUUUUUUGGACAACUUCAGCAGCGGUCGAAGAGGGGCAUCUUCUGCUGAGUAUUUCCUCGAUUCUGGUUAUGCAGUGAUCUUUCUGCAUAGGCAUCGUUCUCUCUAUCCAUACUCUCGACUGUACACUGGAGUUAAUUUACUGGACGGAUUAAGAUUACAGAUUGAUAAGAAGGACACUGAGGUUGUGGUGGAUCAGAAGGUGCUUCCAAACAUCGGACAGGUUCUCACACGGUAUCAGGAAGUGAAAGCGAAUGGAUUACUGCUGCCAGUGGAAUUCAACACUUUAUCGGAGUAUCUUCAUCUUCUCAAGGCUUCAGCUCAGGCUUUAAACUCUAUAGGAUCCAAAGCUAUGUUUUAUCUGGCUGCGGCUGUUUCUGACUUUUAUAUACCGGCAUCUGAAAUGCCAGAACACAAAAUUCAAUCCUCCAAUGGUCCACUUCAGAUAAGUAUGAAGAUGGUUCCCAAGAUGCUCUCCCCGUUGGUGAAGGACUGGGCACCUCAGGCUUUCGUCAUCUCUUUCAAGCUGGAAACCGAUCCCUCCAUUCUUUUGGAGCGAGCACGUCGAGCCUUAGACACUUAUAACCACCAGGCAGUGGUUGCGAAUGUUCUUGACACCCGCCGUGGAUACGUGGUAGUUGUCACCAAGGACACACAACAAGAGUUAAUCCUCACAGACGAGGAAGUGCAGAGAGAUGUAGAAAUUGAAGAAAGGAUUGUCAGCAAUCUGACCUCAGCACACAUACAAUUUAUGUCUCAAGUAUGAAUGUUUGCAUUUCAACUAAAGUUGCUCUUGAAGGCAGAUCUGGGAUCAUGUAACAAACAAUCAAGGUUAAAAAUUGGAUCUAAUUGUGGUUAUCUAAUAUUUCAGUGUUAAGGAGCUUUAUGAAAUAGCAGCAAAACAAAUCAUUUUCUUUUGUCUACAGAUGGAGAGCUAUAUAAAUCCUGUUUUAUCCUCCAUAGGUUAGGCACAAAUGAGAAUAAUUGCACGUACAUUGGUGUCCAAAGUCAUUGUUAUAUUUUAAAUA